AUUAACCCAGAUCCGUUAAAUAGUAUGAACUGGUUCCAAACGGCGACGUAUUUAAACCUGAUGAAAACUUGAGCGUCACUCCCUUGUCUCAUCUCUCACUUCAAUCGGUUCUGGAUUGUGUCUGUCUGCUAGCAUGGCAACAAAGAUUAUUGCUGCUAGGUUUGCAUCUAGAAGGCUAUUUAGCAGUGGUAGUGGCAAAAUACUUAGUGAGGAGGAAAAGGCUGCAGAAAAUGCUUAUUUUAAGAAAGCUGAGCAAGAGAAGUUGGAGAAGCUUGCUCGAAAGGGCCCUCAACCUGAAGCAACGUCAACUGCUGGCUCAGGGGGUUCAGUAACUGAUGCUAAACCAAGUUCAUCAGGAGCCACAGGAACUUCAGCUGACAAAGUCUCAACUGACAAGAACCGGAAUUAUGCAGUUGUAGCUGGUACUAUAACAAUUAUUGCUGCUAUGGGGUGGUACCUUAAAGGCACUGCAAAGAAGCCAGAAGUGCAGGAUUGAAGAUUUCAAUGGUGCAUGUACUCGGUGGUUUUGGUAGAAGAAGCAGUCACACAAAUGAAUAACCCCACACCAACUCUGUUUUUGUUCCAUGAUACUUCUACUGUGAUUUGCUUCUAUCAUAUUACUAAUGUUUUAAAGAUGACUUUUGUAGAUACUACUUUUGCAUGAGGAACUUCAUAAUUCAGUUUCUCGACUGUUGUUCUAAACUUCUGAUGUCAUAUGACUGACCAUUUAUAUUGGCCCUUUGUUGGCAUGGUGAGACAGUGAAGAAAAGAAGUUUAAGAUGUUACUAGAUUUUACGGACUUGGUUUAUAACAGGCGUGAGAGAGGACGAAAUAAUGUCUCUGGAAUUACCACAGAUAGUAGUGACACCAUGUAAUAUAAUGCUUGA